AAAUAAAAGGAGGGAAAAUACUCUCUAAUGCUCUAAGGAGAAUUCAUUAGCAACAUUGCAGCGGCAGAUUGCAGAUGCAGCCAAAGAUCAACGCUUUCUUCAAAUCCGCUUCUGCUUCCAUUCCCACACCUCUUCAUGACGACUUGUCCCUCUGGGAGAACAAGCAACACCGUAUUGUCAACACCUUCCGUCGGAAUCCUAAUGCCGUUCCCUCGCAUCCCGAACCCGAAUCCGAGCCUAACUUGACGGGGAAAACGAUCGUCAAGAACAAGAAGAGGAGCUAUGCCCAGUUUCACCUGGAAUUCGGUCAAAGCGAUUUCCUCUUACGCGCUUGUUCUACUUGCGGAGUCAAGUUUACCCCCGGCGAUGCAGAAGACGAGAAAUCCCACAAUGAAUUUCACAAAAGUUUCACGCAGGGGAUCCAAUUCAGAGGUUGGGUCAACGAAAGGGUUAUCUCUGUGCCCAGCGUUAAAGGAGGUCGAAUUAUACUGGUCUCUGAGAAUGACCCAUUUUGUCACAGAAACAAGGUUCAAGACGUUGUCCAAAUGAUGGAAAUUGAGCUAGGAAGUGAAUGGAUUAUUCAUGACCUUUGUAAGGCUUAUCUAUUUGUUUCUGUCCAGAGGAUUGUUGGGUGCGUGGUUGCAGAACCAAUCGAAGAAGCGUUCAAAGUUGUGUCUUGCUCCAUUGCUGGGCGUUCUGAAGGUGUGAGGAAAAGGGAAAAGAAGUCAUGUUCAGCCACUCUUCAGUUUGGGAAUAUUGUUUUCCAAAGGGAAGUUGAGAAAAAAACUCUUUCCCUGAGUGAUUCUGAGGGGAAGGAACGAUCACUUGGCGGGGCAAUCCUCUGCGAUAGACAACCAAUAGCCGCUGCUUGUGGCAUUAGAGCCAUUUGGGUUACUCCCUGUAACAGAAGAAAAUGCAUUGCAAGCCAAUUGUUAGAUGCCGUGAGGAAAAGUUUUUGCAUGGGUCGGGUGCUUGAACGUGCUCAGCUAGCAUUCUCCCAGCCAACCUCAGCUGGGAAGGCAUUAGCAUCUAAUUACACUGGCACUGGAUCAUUCUUGGUGUAUAAAGCCAACAAAAAAGGGGCAUAGUAAAUGUUCGCGAUUACUUGCUAUGGAUAAAAAAUCAACGUUACUGUUUUCUACGGUCCACCAUCUUUUUCGGAAAUUUGGUUAAGCAUAUCCUCAAAGGACCAGAAUUCCGAUACUACUCAAGCUUAUCAUAUUGGCUGCCUCUCUGAAGAAGUAUAGUUGCAUCUACGAGUGAUUCAGGUGAGCCAAAUGCCCGAUUCAAUUUGGAACUAGCAGGAGAAAGAUUUUCUAUUUUGAUGUUUUAUAUAUUUUCCCUUUCCUCAUGUAUAGUUAGGAACGUAGGGAUUGGUGAAGUGAUUUUGGUAUGUAUUUUUUUAUCUCUUAGAUUGGAUCUUUAGGAAAUUGAUGAUUGCAUGGCUUGUUGUGUAAGCAUCAUUAAAGUGACAGCAUCUAUUCUCUUAAGAUGAUUCAGAUCUUGUUCAUUGAAAGAUUGGUUUUCUGAAUACGAGGAAGUUCUCACUCUUUACAUUUGAUCAUUGCAACAAAACCAAAAAGUACAGGAUGGGGAACAUUAUGACCUUUGUCUUUGCUAGAUGAUAAGGGCAGUCGAUUGUAAUUUCUGAAAUUUCUGUCAGCAUGUGAAUAAAUUAUGUCUCAGUUUGUAAUAUUUCUUUUUCUAAAGUGAUGCUGGCUACAAAUCUACCUUCUUCGUAUGUACUGGUUCUCCAUCCAAAUGCAGUAGAAAAUGGUUCAAGGGGUCAACUGAGAAUCUGAGGUUGAGUCACUUGUACAGUUACAAGGUGUGAUGGUUGCAAAUGCUGUGCUGGUGUUGAAAGUUGCCGUCGUGGUUUUACAAAUGUAUGUGUGUACUGAUGGAGGAUGAUGUAGCUAUAGCAACACUUUCUUGACUGUACAACAAGGCUAAACAAUUCAAAGGUGUUGAUUACUUGUUUCGUGUUGCAUGAGUUAAAUCGGUUGUAAUUACUCAUUAGUGAACUUCUUUUGAAGUGAAAACAAGAGUCUAUGCAGUACCGCUGUACUUUCUAGUGUUGUUGCUUAUGCAUUAAAAGAUUAUUUAUUGUCUGUGUAACUUGCACAAUUCACAAUUCAAAUAACCUCUUUAUGUC